CUAUGAUUAUUCGACGCGUCGUCGCGCCGAGUUAACGACUCUUCCGGGAGGAGACGAUAAAAAGCCUAAACGAAUUUAUUUUUUAAACGAAAAAGUAUUUUCAUGAAGUGAAGGUGGAUUUGAAUCUGAAUCUGAAUCUAAAUCUGAAUUUGAAUUUGAAUUUCAAAUUGUAGGAGCUCAAGAAAUCGAAGAUAUAAGGGAGGUUUGAACCAGUUUUCACAUCCGGUGGAUGAUACGAAGAACAGAAACAGUGGGAUUUGUGGGUGUGCGAAGUUUCGCUCUGGGGGUGGUGCAUGCGCUCUUCCCUUCUGUCUACGAACCCCUGCAAGAAAUUGGAUCCAAGGGAAUUUGAGAAAUUUCAGUCAGUCGGUGAUCAACAGUUCAAGACUGAUUAAAAAGCCCGACCGGAAAGGCAAGCUUGGUUCCUCACACAGAGCGGAAACCGGCGCCCGGCGACGAAACAUGCGGAAAAGAUAUGCUAAGUGCUAUAAAACGUGAUCAGUAAUAGCAGUUGCAGUUUUGAGUCUUAUGAGUCAAGGACAGAGUGCCUGAGCCAAAAGAACGCUAAAGGAGGAUGGCGGACAGCGAGGGAGGAUCCGAGCAGGAUGACGUAUCUUUCCUCCGUACGGAGGACAUGGUGUGUCUUUCGUGUACAGCAACGGGGGAGAGGGUGUGCUUGGCAGCUGAAGGUUUCGGAAACCGACACUGUUUCUUGGAAAAUAUAGCUGACAAGAAUAUCCCGCCGGACUUGUCGCAGUGCGUAUUUGUGAUAGAACAAGCACUUUCGGUACGAGCUCUUCAAGAGUUGGUCACAGCUGCUGGGUCUGAGACGGGUAAAGGUACAGGAUCAGGACACAGGACUUUACUUUACGGUAACGCAAUUCUUCUCAGGCAUCUCAAUAGUGACAUGUACUUAGCAUGUUUAUCAACGAGUUCGUCGAAUGAUAAACUUGCUUUCGAUGUCGGUCUACAGGAGCACUCUCAAGGAGAGGCUUGCUGGUGGACUGUUCACCCAGCAUCAAAGCAGAGAUCAGAGGGAGAAAAGGUGCGAGUUGGUGACGAUUUGAUCCUCGUGUCCGUCGCAACAGAAAGAUACUUGCACACAACUAAAGAAAAUGGUUUAUCAGUAGUAAACGCUUCCUUCCAUGUCACACAUUGGUCUGUUCAACCUUACGGAACUGGUAUAAGUCGGAUGAAAUACGUUGGUUAUGUGUUUGGAGGAGACGUUCUUAGGUUUUUUCAUGGUGGAGACGAAUGCCUCACCAUACCUUCGACAUGGAGUACAGCUACGAAUCAAAAUAUGGUUAUUUACGAAGGAGGAAGUGUAAUGAGUCAAGCUCGAUCCUUGUGGCGAUUAGAACUAUCCAGAACAAAAUGGUCUGGUGGAUUCAUCAACUGGAUGCAUCCAAUGAGAAUCAGGCAUUUAACCACAGGUCGUUAUCUUGGUGUUAAUGAAGCAAACAAUGAACUCUACCUUAUAGAUAGAAAAGAGGCAACCACAGAUAGAUGUAAUUUUUUACUACGGCAAGAAAAAGACGAUCAAAAAGUUGCUCUAGAAGACAAAGACUUAGAAGUAAUUGGAAUGCCUAUUAUCAAAUAUGGAGAUUCUACAGUCAUCAUGCAACAUGCACAAACAAGUCUCUGGGUUUCAUACAAGUCAUAUGAAACGAAGAAAAAGGGUGUUGGAAAAGUCGAAGAAAAACAGGCAGUUUUGCAAGAAGAGGGAAAGAUGGACGAUGGUCUAGAUUUUUCUCGAUCCCAAGAAGAGGAAUCUCGAACAGCAAGAGUUAUCAGGAAAUGCAGCAGUCUCUUCACACAAUUUAUCACUGGAUUAGAAACACUGCAGGUUGAUCGAAGGGCUUCCCAAUUUUUCCUCAAUGUAAAUCUCAACGAAAUGGUUAUGUGCCUUGAGGAUCUGAUCAACUAUUUUGCUCAACCUGAAGACGACAUGGAGCACGAAGAAAAGCAGAACAAAAUCCGUGCCUUAAGAAAUCGCCAGGAUCUCUUUCAAGAAGAAGGAAUCUUGAAUCUUAUUUUGGAAGCUAUAGACAAAAUAAAUGUCAUCACUUCACAAGGAUUUUUGGUGGCACUUUCCGGGGAUGAAAGUGGACAAGCUUGGGACCAAAUUUCAGGAUACUUGUACCAACUUUUGGCUGCAAUUAUCAAAGGAAAUCACACCAAUUGUGCACAGUUUGCAAACAGUAAUCGUCUAAACUGGCUCUUUAGUCGAUUGGGUUCUCAAGCUUCUAGUGAAGGAACAGGAAUGUUGGAUGUAUUGCAUUGUGUACUUAUUGAUUCUCCAGAAGCUUUAAACAUGAUGAGGGAUGAACACAUCAAAGUUAUAAUAUCUCUACUGGAGAAACAUGGAAGGGAUCCAAAAGUAUUGGACGUCUUGUGUUCCCUCUGUGUUGGUAACGGAGUUGCAGUUCGAUCUUCGCAAAAUAAUAUUUGUGAUUUUCUUCUACCAGGAAAAAACUUAUUAUUGCAGACUCAAUUGGUUGAUCAUGUAGCUAGUGUAAGACCAAACAUUUUUGUUGGUAGAGUCGAAGGCUCUGCUUUAUAUCAAAAAUGGUAUUUCGAAGUCACUGUGGACCAUAUUGAGCGGACGACGCACAUGAUGCCUCAUUUGAGAAUUGGGUGGGCCAAUACUGCAGGGUACGUACCAUACCCGGGUGGCGGUGAAAAGUGGGGUGGAAAUGGUGUAGGUGACGACCUCUACUCCUUCGGCUAUGACGGAGCCUAUCUAUGGACAGGAGGUAGAAAAAGUCAAGUGAUGGAUGAAUUCACAGAACCCUUCAUUAAAAAAGGCGACGUGGUCGGUUGUUCCCUAGAUCUAACUGUUCCAGUUAUAAACUUUGCCUUCAAUGGAAUGCCAAUCAGUGGAUCUUUUCGCAACUUCAACCUUGAUGGAAUGUUCUUUCCAGCCAUUAGUUGCUCCUCAAAAUUAUCAUGUAGAUUCCUCCUUGGUGGAGAUCAUGGAAGACUCAAAUUUGAACCCCCUGAAGAAUUUUCUCCACUGGUCGAAAGUCUUCUUCCUCAGCAAAUUCUUUCUCUGGAUCCAUGUUUUUAUUUCGGAAACAUGAACAAAGUGGUCAUAGCUGGCCCUUGGCUCGUUGAAGAUGACACAGCCUUCGUCCCAGCUCCAGUUGACACAUCCAUGAUCAACUUACCCACUUAUGUUGAGCAAAUACGAGAUAAACUUGCAGAAAAUAUCCAUGAGAUGUGGGCGAUGAACAAAAUCGAAGCUGGAUGGAUCUUUGGAGAACAGAGGGAUGAUCUUAAUAAGAUACAUCCUUGCAUUGUUCAGUUUGAGAGACUGCCAGCUGCUGAGAAACGAUAUGAUACACAAUUGGCUGUUCAAACCUUAAAGACAAUUCUUGCUCUUGGGUAUUAUAUAACAAUGGACAAACCUCCAUCCAGAAUCAAGACUCUAAGGUUGCCAAACGAACCUUUUUUGCAAAGUAGUGGUUACAAGCCUGCACCACUUGAUCUUAGUGCUAUUAACUUGACGCCAAAAAUGGAAGAACUUGUUGAUCAAUUGGCUGAAAAUACACAUAACUUGUGGGCUAAGGAACGAAUUAGUCAGGGGUGGACAUAUGGGUUGAAUGAAGAUUCGGAAAUGAGAAGGAGUCCUCAUCUUGUUCCUUAUCCUAAGGUUGACGAUGCUAUCAAGAAAGCUAAUCGAGAUACUGCUAGUGAAACCGUUAGGACUUUGUUAGUUUAUGGGUAUAUGUUGGAUCCGCCAACUGGAGAACAACACGAGGCAUUGCUUCUAGAAGCAAACAGACUACGUCAGCUAUCAUUUAGGACUUAUCGAGUCGAAAGACAUUAUGCUGUCACGAGUGGAAAAUGGUACUUUGAGUUUCAAGUUUUGACUGCUGGACCAAUGAGAGUCGGAUGGUCCAGGGCCGAUUGUCCGCCAGGAAAUAUGUUAGGAAACGAUGAUAGUACCUGGGCGUUUGAUGGUUAUAAUGUGACCAAAGUACACGGUGGUACCAGCGAGACUUUUGGUCAUAAAUAUCAAGUGGGCGAUGUAGUCGGCUGUUUCAUUGACGUCGCAGACAGAACGAUCAGUUUUUCACUCAACGGAGAACUUCUCAUGGAUGCUCUUGGAGGAGAAACAUCAUUUGCUGACGUCCAAGGAGAGUCAUUUGUACCAGCUUUUACUCUAGGGGUUGGACAAAAGGCUAAGUUGACUUUUGGCCAGGAUGUGAAUACGCUGAAAUUUUUUACAACGUGUGGUUUACAAGAAGGAUAUGAACCCUUUUGUGUGAAUAUGAAUCGACCUGUGACCUACUGGUAUACAAAGGAUCAGCCAAUUUUCGAAAAUACUGACGAUAUGGCUGACACCAGGAUAGACGUGGCAAGAAUUCCAGCUGGUUCUGAUUCUCCACCAUGUUUAAAAAUUUCCCAUAACACGUUUGAGACAAUGGAAAAAGCAAAUUGGGAGUUUUUGAGACUUUCCCUUCCUGUCAUUUGUGGCCCUUCAUUCAUUUCUGAAGGAGAAAAGAUGAGAAGGUGGCAGGAAAUUAAAAUGAAGCAAAACAGACUUUUGACUGAACAGAUGGAACAAAUGCAACAAUCUACACCGUCUGCUCAUAUUGAGCAAAUCAUGAGAUCCGGCUUCAGUAUGAGCGACAUUAAAGGACUACAAAGGAAUUAUUCUGAAGACGCAGCAGAAAAUGAUGAAAUGAUGAAGGAAUCUCCACUUCCAGUACAACGAAACAAACCGUCAAGACCCCCUAGAAAAGGAUCAAUUACAGGAUCUCGAGGUGUUGCUUUGAAUCGAGCAACCAGUGAGGCAGAAAUGAAUGGCUUUGGUGAAGUAAAUGGAGAAGCGAAGGACGAUAAAAAAAAGCGUGGUCGAUCACCUUUUCGCAAGCGUAGUCACGAAAUGGAAGACAUCCCAUUUUUCUCGAGGAAGGCCAAAUCACCAGAUGCAAAGGCAAAGACGCCAGAACGAUUCGCCAGAUCUGAUAUUUCGGAAAGAAGUGUAAGACAGACUACUUUGGCAAAAUCACCCAGCCGGACUGCCCAAGUUCGAGUAUCUACAACUGAUUUAAAAAUGGUGCCCCCGCAAAUUCCAGAAAGGAACGCUCCAAAGGCAAUGUCUGUUGUGACUGGAACUGGAGUGGAAUCAAUCGGAAAUGAAAUUUUCGAUGCAGACUGCCUGAAAUUAAUGAACGAAUAUUUUUAUGGCGUUCGAAUUUUCCCAGGACAGGAUCCAACUCAUGUUUAUGUUGGUUGGGUCACAUCCCAGUAUCAUCUUCACACUAAAGAUUUUAAUCUAUCGAAAGUUCGAAAAGCAUCAGUAGUCAUUGUUGAUAACUAUGAUCGACCUAUCGAUCAGGUCGAUCGUCAAAGUUGCUACAUGGUUAGAGCGGAUGAGCUCUAUAAUGAAGUGACUCAAGAUGCAUCAGGAAAAGGUGCAUCCCAAGGAAUGUUCGUAGGUUGUUUUGUGGACACAGCUACUGGUUAUAUAAGCUUCACUUGUGAAGGAAAAGAAACAAGCCAUAAAUUCAAAAUGGAACCAGACACGAAACUUUUCCCAGCAAUAUUUGUGGAAGCGACUAGUAAAGAAAUUUUGCAAAUUGAACUUGGAAGAACAUCGACCACUUUGCCCCUAUCAGCUGCUGUUUUACAGAACUCUGAACGUCACGUGAUUCCUCAAUUUCCACCGAGAUUAAAAGUCCAGUGUCUAAAACCCCAUCAGUGGGCACGAGUUCCCAACCAGACACUUCAAGUUCAUGCUUUAAAACUUUCGGAUAUCAGAGGUUGGUCAAUGCUUUGUGAAGACGCAAUUUCGAUGCUGGCUUUGCACAUACCAGAGGAGGAUAGAUGUAUUGAUAUCCUAGAAUUAAUAGAAAUGGAUAAGAUGCUUAGUUUUCAUGCACACACUUUGACACUUUAUGCAGCAUUGUGUUACCAAUCAAAUUACAGAGCUGCUCAUGCGUUGUGUCAACAUGUUGAUCAAAAACAAUUGUUGUAUGCCAUAAGAGCAGAAUACAUGUCUGGACCUCUUCGUCAAGGGUUCUACGAUGUGCUUAUAUCGUUGCAUCUGGAAUCCCAUGCUACCACUAUGGAAGUUUGCAAAAACGAGUAUGUCAUUCCAAUAGGUCAAGAGUUAAAAGAUUUGUAUGAGGAUCCGGAAAUGAAACACAGCUUGAGAUACUUAGAAACAGAGUCUGUUCGUCCUCAGAUGAAAAUGAGUGAAAUAGGGGAAAACCAUAGCAUCGAGAAUAUAAGAGGACUAUAUAGUCCCCAUUUUCCUCUUGAUAUUGUUCGAGACUACGUGAUGAUGGCUCUGAAUGAAGCAGUGGAGGUCAAUCAGGUUCACAACAGGGACCCGAUUGGAGGCAGUAACGAGAAUCUAUUUUUACCUUUGAUAAAACUAGUGGACAGGCUACUCCUAGUUGGGAUGUUGAGGAACGAAGAUAUAAAGAAGUUACUCAUUAUGAUAAAUCCAGAAACGUGGGAUGUCACCUUCGAUAAGGAAGGAAAAGAUGAACACAAGAAAGGACUCCUGCACAUGAAAAUGGCAGAAGGGGCAAAACUGCAGAUGUGCUAUCUGCUUCACCACUUGAAUGACAUCCAGUUGCGUCAUCGUGUAGAGUCUAUAAUCGCUUUUAGUCACGAUUUUGUUGGAGAACUUCAAACCGAUCAACUUCGACGAUACGUAGAAAUCAAACAAUCCGAUUUGCCAUCAGCUGUAGCUGCAAAAAAGACACGAGAAUUUCGAUGUCCUCCUCGUGAGCAGAUGAAUGCUAUUUUGAACUUUAAAAAUCUUGAAGGAGAAGAUAACGACAAUUGUCCUUGUGGAGAGGAACUUAUUGCAAAAAUGAACGAAUUCCAUAGUGAUCUGAUGUCUUAUGUGUCACUACAUGCUCUUCAAGAAGCUGCAGAUGCUGCAAAUGAGGUGUUGGAAAUUGAGAAACCUGGAGCCAUGAAGAGACUCUUCAAUUUUAUUAAUACUGUUAAAGAACUUGAAGACGAACCGAAAGUUGAACCAGAACCAGAGAAGAAGACACCCGAAGAGGUAUUUCGCAAAGUCUUGAUAGCAACCAUCGUAAAAUGGGCAGAGGAGUCACAAAUUGAAACACCUAAGUUGGUACGUGAGAUGUUCAGCCUACUCGUUCGUCAAUACGACACAGUUGGUGAAUUAAUUCGUGCCUUAGAAAAAACCUAUGUCAUCAAUAGUAAAACCAAACAGGAUGUGGCCGAAAUGUGGGUAGGAUUAAGCCAGAUCCGAGCUCUACUGCCUGUUCAAAUGUCGCAGGAAGAAGAAGAUCUUGUGAGAGAAAGACUUUGGAAACUUGUCAACAAUCAUACAUUCUUCCAGCAUCCUGAUUUGAUUAGAGUACUAAGGAUACAUGAGAACGUUAUGGCAAUCAUGAUCAAUACUCUUGGUAGAAGAGCUCAAGCUCAGUCUGAUGGUCAGGCUCAGGCUCAAGCUCCGGCAGCAGAAGGUGAAGCUACUUCUAAGGAGAAGGACACAUCUCACAAUAUGGUUGUUGCUUGUUGUCGAUUUUUGUGCUACUUCUGCAGAACAUCUAGACAAAAUCAGAAAGCCAUGUUCGAUCAUUUUGAUUUUCUUUUGGAGAACAGUAACAUUCUGUUAUCUAGACCAUCUUUGAGAGGAUCCACUCCACUUGAUGUGGCAUACUCGUCGCUUAUGGAGAACACAGAAUUGGCACUGGCUCUCCGGGAACAUUAUCUGGAGAAAAUUGCUAUUUAUCUUUCACGUUGUGGACUACAGUCCAAUUCAGAAUUGGUUGAAAAGGGUUACCCUGAUUUAGGUUGGGAUCCUGUAGAAGGAGAACGUUAUCUUGAUUUUUUGAGAUUCUGCGUUUGGGUCAAUGGCGAAAGUGUUGAAGAAAACGCAAAUCUGGUGAUACGUCUUCUAAUUCGAAGACCUGAAUGUUUGGGUCCAGCUCUUCGAGGAGAGGGGGAGGGAUUGCUAAGAGCAAUUAUGGAAGCUAACAAGAUGUCCGAACGAAUCGCUGAUCGUCGAAAAGUGAAUGAUGAACUGGAUGCAAACUCUGCUGGGGCUACAUUUGAGCAUCCAUUACCUGAAUCAGAUGAGGAUGAAGAUUAUAUUGAUACUGGUGCUGCUAUUCUCAAUUUUUAUUGUACUCUGGUUGAUUUACUGGGGCGUUGUGCACCAGAUUCUUCUGUGAUAGAACAAGGAAAGAAUGAAUCUCUUCGAGCAAGGGCUAUAUUAAGAUCAUUGGUACCCCUUGAUGAUCUUCAAGGAGUUCUUUCACUUCGUUUUACGUUGCUAAAUCCAGCUGCUGGUGAGGAAAGGCCAAAAAGUGACACACCAUCAGGAUUAAUUCCAGGUCAUAAGCAAAGUAUUACUAUGUUUCUGGAACGCGUUUAUGGAAUCGAGACACAGGAAUUAUUUUUCAAACUAUUGGAAGAAGCUUUCUUACCUGAUUUGAGAGCUGCAACAAUGCUUGAUCGGAAUGAUGGUUAUGAGUCAGAUAUGGCGCUAGCAAUGAAUCGCUAUAUUGGAAACAGUAUUCUACCCUUGUUGAUCAAACACUCAAAGUUUUAUAAUGAGGCGGACAAUUAUGCUAGUUUACUUGAUGCUACUUUGCACACCGUAUAUCGUUUGAGCAAGAACAGAAUGUUGACGAAAGGACAACGUGAAGCAGUUUCGGAUUUCUUGGUUGCUUUGACAAGUCAAAUGCAACCAAGCAUGCUGCUGAAACUUCUUCGAAAGCUAACAGUUGACGUUUCUAACUUAUCAGAGUACACAACAGUAGCUUUGAGGCUCUUGACAUUGCAUUAUGACCGUUGUGGAAAAUAUUAUGGGUCAACUGGAUCAAGUAGUUCCAGCCCAUAUGGUGCAUCGAGUGAUGAAGAAAAAAGGUUGACAAUGGUCCUAUUUAGUAACAUAUUUGACUCCCUGUCGAAAAUGGACUAUGAUCCAGAAUUAUUUGGAAAGGCACUGCCAUGCUUAACAGCCAUAGGUUGUGCUCUUCCACCAGAUUAUUCAUUAUCUAAAAAUUGUGACGACGAAUGGUAUGGAAGUAAAUCAGCUUCUACUCAAUCCUCUGAUGGACCAUAUAAUCCUCAACCCAUCAACACUUCGAGUGUUGUGCUCAACAAUGACUUGAAUCAGAUAGUUCAAAAGUUUUCGGAACACUAUCAUGAUGCUUGGGCCAGUCGAAAGUUAGAAAACGGUUGGACCUAUGGAGACCAGUGGUCAGAUGCAAACAAAACUCAUCCUCGAUUAAAACCUUAUAAUAUGCUGAAUGAUUAUGAAAGGGAGCGAUAUAAAGAACCAGUUAGGGAAAGUUUGAAGGCUCUGUUAGCAAUCGGGUGGAGUGUUGAGCAUGCAGAAGUUGAUGUGCCAUCCACUAAUCGAAAUUCUUUGAGAAGAUCUUCCAAAAGUCAGGGUGAUUCUGCAAAUCCGUUCAACUACAAUCCUCAUCCUGUUGACAUGACUAACCUAACACUUAGCAGAGAGAUGCAAAACAUGGCAGAAAGAUUGGCUGACAAUGCUCAUGACAUCUGGGCAAAAAAGAAAAAAGAGGAACUCCUCACUGUUGGUGGAGGAAUACAUCCACAACUAGUUCCUUAUGAUCUUCUAACUGACAAAGAAAAGCGAAAAGAUCGAGAGCGAUCUCAAGAAUUCUUAAAGUACCUCCAAUACCAGGGUUACAAACUUCACAAACCAAAUCGAGGAGGAGAAACUGAGGUUGGUGGGGUUGGUGCGGCAGUUGAGCUCAGAUUCGCCUACUCAUUGUUGGAAAAGCUAAUAGCGUACCUGGACAAAGCAACAAUUAACAUGAAACUCUUGAGACCUUCGGACACCUUCAGUAGAAGGACAAGUUUCAAAACUGCCACCAGAGAUAUCAAGUUCUUCAGCAAAGUUGUUUUGCCCCUGAUGGAAAAAUAUUUCAGCACUCACAGGAAUUAUUUCAUAGCUGUAGCAACAGCAACUAACAAUAUUGGUGCUGCGUCUCUGAAAGAAAAGGAAAUGGUAGCUGCUUUGUUUUGUAAAUUAGCCAGUUUGCUUCGAUCGAGAAUGGCUGCUUUUGGAGCAGAUGUCAGGAUCACCGUCAGGUGCCUUCAGGUUCUCGUCAAGGGCAUUGAUGCAAAAUCACUAGUCAAAAACUGUCCAGAAUUUAUCAGAACAUCCAUGUUGACUUUCUUCAACAAUACUGCUGAUGAUCUUGGCCAUAUUAUUCUUAAUCUACAAGAAGGCAAGUUUAGUCAUCUCAGGGGAACACAUCUGAAGACUUCUACUUCACUUUCCUAUUUCAAUAGUGUCAUACUACCUGUACUGACUGCCAUGUUCGAUCAUCUGGCAGCUUGCGAAUAUGGCAGUGACCUCUUGUUGGACGAGAUUCAAGUAGCUUCCUACAAAAUGCUAGCCUCUCUUUACACCCUAGGUGUGGAUUCUACCUUGACUCAAGAUCGAAAAUACCUCAAAACAGAAAUCGAGAGAAGCAAACCUAAUUUAGGUUCCUGCCUGGGUGCUUUUUCGAGCUGUUUUCCUGUUGCAUUCCUUGAACCUCAUCUGAACAAACACAAUCAAUUUUCUCUUCUGAAUCGAAUAGCUGAUCAUUCACUGGAGGCUCAGGAUGUAAUGACUCGAAUGGAAUCAAGUAUGCCAACGUUGGAAACAAUUUUAUCAGAAGUCGAUCAAUUCGUAGAAUCUGAUAAAACUUACAAUGAUGCGCCACACGUUGUAGAUGUUAUUCUUCCUUUGCUAUGUGCGUAUCUGCCUUUCUGGUGGGCUCAGGGUCCAGAUAAUGUGAAUCCAACAGAAGGAGCUUUUGUGAGUAUGGUGACCAGUGAUCAUAUGAACCAACUUUUAAAGAACGUUCUCAAACUGAUAAAAAAGAACAUAGGAAAUGAAAAUGCACCUUGGAUGACCAGAAUUGCUGCCUAUACGCAGCAAAUAAUUAUUAAUUCUUCAGAGGAGUUACUCAAAGACCCCUUCCUUCCCCUAGCUGAAAGAGUUAGAAAACGUACUGAUAACAUGUUUCAUAAAGAAGAAUCUCUCAGGGGAUUUAUUAAAUCCUCGACUGAUGACACUUCACAAAUUGAGGCACAAAUACAGGAAGAUUGGCAACUAUUAGUCCGGGAUAUUUAUUCUUUCUAUCCUCUUUUGAUCAAGUAUGUGGAUUUGCAGCGUAAUCAUUGGUUGAGGAAUAAUAUCUCUGAAGCUGAGGAUAUUUACAAUCAUGUCGCAGCUAUUUUUAACAUUUGGUCAAAGUCCCAAUACUUCUUACGAGAAGAACAGAAUUUCAUAUCUGCUAACGAAAUUGACAAUAUGGUGUUGAUUAUGCCAACUGCUACUAGAAGACCUGCAGCAGUUUCGGAUGGAGCAACUCCUUCUGCAGGUGGAAAGAAAAAGAAGAAACAUCGUGACAAGAAGAGAGACAAGGACAAAGAAGUUCAGGCAUCUUUGAUGGUAGCAUGUCUGAAACGACUUCUGCCAGUAGGAUUGAAUCUGUUUGCUGGUCGUGAGCAAGAAUUAGUUCAACACUGCAAAGACCGAUUCCUCAAGAAAAUGCCGGAACAUGACAUUGCCGAAUUUGCUAAAACACAACUCACUCUCCCUGAUAAAAUAGAUCCAGCUGAUGAAAUGUCAUGGCAACACUAUCUCUACUCAAAAUUGGGUCAACAAAAAGAUGUUAUAGAACCAGUCAAGGCUCAGCAAAUUGAUGAUGUUGUUGCCAGAAUAACAGAUAUGGCCAAAGUGCUUUACGGGCUUCACAUGGCGACAAAACCCCCACCAUCUCGAGGUGGAUGGAAUCGUGUGCUGUGUGCAGCCAGAAAGAGAGCAGCCAUUGCAUGCCUACGUAGUGUACUCCUCUACAAGCUGAGAAGACAUCGGGCAAUAAAUAUUUUUGCGAGAACUUACUAUGAAUUGUGGCUUCAAGAUGAAAACGUAGGUCAGGAAAUCAUGAUAGAAGACCUCACUCAAUCCUUUGAAGAAUCUGAGUUGAACAAGACAGAUAAAUCUGAAGAUGAAGGCAAACCAGACCCACUGACUCAACUGGUGACGACUUUCUGUCGAGGUGCCAUGACUGAAAGAUCUGGUGCACUUCAAGAAGAUCCACUUUAUAUGAGUUACGCUCAAAUAAUUUCGAAAUCCUGUGGAGAGGAAGAAGAGGAAGGUGAAGAAGACGGUGGCGGUGGUGGUGAAGAAGAAGGAGGAGCUUCCAUCCACAGGCCAAUGCAUAAACUCAUGGAACAAGAAAUGGAGAAACAGAAGCUAUUGUUCCAUCAAGCUCGUUUAGCGAAUCGAGGUGUUGCCGAAAUGGUCUUGCUUCAUAUAUCAGCCUGCAAAGGAGUUCCAAGCGAGAUGGUUAUGAAAACCUUAGAAUUGGGUAUCUCAAUCCUUCGAGGCGGUAACAUAGAAAUUCAGAGAGGAAUGCUGAAUCAUCUUAAGGAAAAGAAGGAUGUAGGAUUCUUCACAUCGAUUGCUGGGCUGAUGAACUCUUGUAGUGUUUUGGAUUUGGAUGCCUUUGAAAGAAAUACCAAAGCUGAGGGUCUGGGUGUUGGGUCUGAAGGAGCUGCUGGAGAAAAAAAUAUGCAUGAUGCUGAGUUCACUUGUGCACUUUUUAGAUUUAUUCAGCUGACCUGUGAAGGCCACAAUCUUGAUUGGCAGAAUUAUCUGAGGACCCAAGCUGGAAACACAACAACAGUGAACGUAGUAAUUUGCACUGUUGACUACUUGUUACGUCUUCAAGAGUCUAUCAUGGACUUCUACUGGCAUUACUCUAGCAGAGAAUUAAUUGACCCAGCUGGAAAAGCAAAUUUCUUCAAAGCUAUUGGAGUCGCAAGUCAAGUCUUUAACACACUCACUGAGGUGAUUCAGGGACCUUGCGCACAGAAUCAACAGGCUCUAGCCCAUUCCAGAUUGUGGGAUGCUGUUGGAGGAUUCUUAUUUCUAUUUUCGCAUAUGCAGGAUAAGUUAUCCAAGCAUUCAAGCCAGGUGGAUUUAUUAAAGGAGUUACUUAAUCUUCAAAAAGACAUGAUAACGAUGAUGCUCUCCAUGUUGGAAGGUAACGUGGUUAAUGGUACGAUUGGAAAGCAAAUGGUUGAUACUUUGGUCGAAUCGGCCGGCAAUGUGGAGCUAAUCCUUAAGUAUUUUGAUAUGUUCUUAAAGCUCAAAGAUCUGGUAUCUACUCCUAGCUUUCUGGAGGUAGAUCUUAAUAGUGAUGGAUGGGUCUAUCCUAAAGACUUUAAGGAGAAAAUGGAACAGCAGAAGAGCUACACUGGUGAGGAAAUUGAGUUCCUUCUCGCCUGUUGCGAAACUAACCAUGAUGGAAAGAUCGACUACGUAGCAUUCAUGGAUCGGUUCCAUGAACCAGCUAAAGAAAUUGGUUUCAAUCUUGCUGUCCUUUUGACUAACCUUUCCGAACACAUGCCAAAUGAACCUAGACUGGCUAGAUUUCUCGAAACGGCAGGUUCAGUUCUAAACUACUUUGAACCUUUCCUAGGCAGGAUAGAAAUUCUGGGAGGCAACAGAAAAAUUGAAAGAGUUUACUUUGAAAUCAAAGAGUCGAACAUAGAGCAGUGGGAAAAGCCUCAGAUCAAAGAAUCCAAGCGAACCUACUUCUACAAUACUGUGGUUGAAGCUGGAGAUAAAGAAAAAUUAGAGACAUUUAUCAACUUUUGUGAAGAUGCAAUUUUUGAAAUGCAGCAUGCAAGUGCGUUGAUGGCUGUUGAGGAAAGUGGUGGAAUUGGAAAAGCUAGAGAAUCAUCGUAUACCUACAUGACUGAUGACGAUGAUGAAAGAAACAAAGACCCCAUCCGCAGAGGAAUUCAAGCCUUCAAAGAUGGAAUUUACUUCUUCUUUUCUAUGUUCUCUCCAACCAAUAUCAAGAACAAGAUAUUUGAAAUGCAACAGAUGACCAUUCCUGAACUAUUUGUAGGGUUCUUUAAAAUGAUAUUUUAUUCUUUCUAUUAUUCCGGAUUUGGUGUGGGAGUAGUUAUCAGGUAUUUCAUGAGGGUUUUGCUGACCCUAAUGAGAGGGCCUCAUAUAGAACCUGUCAUCGAAGUAAAGGAGGAGGAGGAAAAAUCAUUAAGAUAUUUGCCAGCCUUACCACCGACUCCUGAUGAAUCCAAUCUACAGGUGCAGGCGUUCGGAAUGGACAUAACAAAGGAAGAAGGUGGACAACUAAAGAUAGCCCCGCAUGAGUCAAAUAUUUCGACACCACAUUCUAGCAUGGAGGAAACCGGGGAAAGUACUGCUGAUGAAAGUGCUGCUGGAGAAGAUGGUUCAAGGUUAACGGGUGAUGGAACUGAGACAGAAGGACCAGUUACAUUAGCUGAUUUACUAGGAGGAGAACAGGCAAGAGCUCAAGCAGCUGCAGCUGCUGAGGCUGCAGCCGCUCAACAAGCAGCCAUGGCUGCAGUUGAAGCUGAAGCUAAACAGGAAAUAACUGCUGAACCCUCAUCAGGUUCCAGCUUCGAUAUUUCCGAAUAUACUCAUCGCAUUGUGUCCUUCUUGGCUAGGAACUUCUACAAUCUUAAAUACGUCGCUUUAGUUCUUGCAUUUUGUAUCAACUUUAUGCUCCUAUUUUAUAGGGUUACUUCACCAGAUUCUAAUGAUGAUGAGAGUGGUGAAUCGAUAUCUGAUUUUCUGGCGGAUAUGUCAGGUUCAGGAUCAGGAGGAAGUGGAAUGGAGGGUAGUGGCGUAGAUUUAGGUAGUGGCGGAGAGGAAGGAUCAGAGGAAGAGGCAGAUGUUAUAGAAUAUGUUGCAGUUUCUGAAGAUGUUUACUAUAUGGCUCAUGUGAUGAGGCUGAUGGCUGCUCUUCAUUCUAUCGUUUCUCUCGCGAUGCUAGUCGCUUACUAUCACCUUAAGGUUCCUCUAGCUAUCUUUAAGAGAGAAAAAGAGAUCGCAAGAAGGGUUGAGUUCGAUGGUCUCUACAUUGCUGAGACCCCUGAAGAUGAUGAUAUCAAAGCACACUGGGAUAAAAUGGUCAUAUCAGCGAAAACCUUCCCUGUCAAUUAUUGGGAUAAAUUCGUCAAAAAGAAGGUGAGGCAGAAAUACAGCGAGCAAUAUGACUUUGAUUAUAUCAGUAAUUUGCUCGGGAUGGAAAAAACUUCAUUCAGUCAACAGGAGGAAGAAGGGUCUGGAUUAGUACAUUUCAUUGUUGCUAUUGAUUGGAGGUACCAAAUUUGGAAAGCUGGCGUUACAAUUACAGAUAACGCAUUUCUCUACAGUUUAUGGUACUUCACCUUUUCGAUACUAGGAAACUACAAUAAUUUUUUCUUCGCCGCUCAUCUGUUAGAUGUUGCAGUUGGAUUUAAAACUCUUAGAACAAUUCUGCAGUCAGUAACUCACAAUGGAAAGCAAUUGGUGCUGACAGUAAUGCUGUUAACGAUCGUAGUGUACCUUUAUACUGUCGUAGCUUUCAAUUUCUUCCGAAAAUUUUAUAUUCAAGAGGAAGAUGAAGAGGUGGACAAAAAAUGCCACGAUAUGUUAACGUGUUUCGUAUUCCAUCUUUACAAAGGAGUGAGAGCAGGAGGAGGAAUCGGAGAUGAAAUUGGAGAACCUGAUGGAGAUGAAUACGAAUAUCUUCGAAUCCUAUUCGAUAUCACUUUCUUCUUCUUUGUCAUUGUCAUUCUUCUCGCCAUCAUCCAAGGUUUGAUCAUCGACGCCUUUGGAGAACUUCGAGACCAGCUCGAAAGUGUGAAAACGAAUAUGGAAAGCAAUUGCUUCAUCUGUGGACUAGGGAAAGACUAUUUUGAUAGUGUUCCUCACGGAUUUGAUACGCAUGUUCAACAAGAACAUAAUCUUGCAAAUUACAUGUUUUUCUUGAUGCACUUGAUCAAUAAACCUGACACGGAAUAUACUGGUCAGGAAACCUACGUCUGGAACAUGUACCAACAAAGAUGUUGGGAUUUCUUCCCAGUUGGUGACUGUUUCAGAAAACAAAAUGAGGCUGUCGAAGAAGAGGCUAAGAAGAAAUAAUCAAAUUUUUUAUUACAUUUUAUAUAACACGUUGCACUUAUACGAAGCUUAAAUCUUCGAACGCUCAGAAUUACGUCCCUUCGGUCUCCUCUCAUCUAAAAAAAUUAUAAAGUGGAGUAGAAUUGUAAGAAGCCAAUCACAAGAUUCUUCCUUAUACUGAGAAAACAGUUAAUUAAAAAUAUUAGAAAGUUAUUAUAUAGAAAAAUAGGUCAACUGUUCUCUCAGUCACUGAUGUUCAAUUUCUCGAGAUCCAACCGCGAUAUCGUUAAAAAGCGGCACUAAAUUUUAAUUCAGUUCAAAGACAACAAAUAUGUAAAUGAACUCGAAUAGGAUAAGGAAUAAAAAUCAAAGAAUCGCUUCGAUUUUAAGGCAGUUUGACAAAACUUUGUCUCUAAUUUUCUUAAUCUCGCAUAUUUUUCCACCUUUGUAUGGAUUCUGAUUGCAACUUGAAUCUUGGAAAUUUAAAAUUUAUAAAUUAACUAGAAGAAUUACUUAGAAAAAUAAAAUUAAUAUAUUUGUAAAGGUAGGAAGCAAAGGAGGAAAAUAUAUAUUGGUCGCAUAAAUUUAUCGAAACUGCUUUCAUCUUUCAUUUAGUAAAAUUAGGAAAUGGUGAUAAUUCUGACAAUUGGAAUGGUUGAUGUAUGAUUGUAUCCAGGUCAUUAUAAUGGCUAAUCGACGAAAAGCUUUUAAUUGAAGCUCGACAUAUUUGAUAUUAUUUUGAAACGAAUGCAGUUUGUAAUAAUAAUCGUGAUUGUGUGGGUAAAAUAUUUUAUUAAACCAGUAGAUUCGAAUUUUUUUGCAAUGAAUUUUUCUGCUUUUUACUCGUCAAUGCUGCAUUUUGUUCAAAUUUACUCACUUUCUUGCUGGAACAACCGUAUUGUAUAUAUGUACACAUAUACAUAUGUAUAUUAUUCGAAGAUCUGACAGGAUCGCAUUACGUGACAUUUCUCAGCACUGUCGAUGAACGAACCUAAUGUGAAUGUAUUGUAAAUAAAAUUGCAGAUCCAGACAACCUGGAAAUAUACAAAAACAUA